AUCGUUGCAGAUGACAUGCGCAUACUGCACAGCGUGUCAUCCGCGGCAGUCCGCGCGGCCCGAGCGGAGCUGACACGGCGCGCGAGCGCGGGCGCGGUGCCGGCGCUGCUGUCGCUGGCCGCGCCGCUGCUGGCUGCCUCCGCCGCGCUGGUCGAUGCCGCUGCCGGGCUUAUCAUGCUGUACAAAAAGAUCUUCUCAGCCAUGAAAUCCGCAAACAAGAUACAAAAAGACGACCAAACAUACAUGGAGCAGUUUCGCACCUUGCAGAGUUACACUUGCGACUUGAUCAGUUGUUUGUACGGCGAGGAGGCGUUCAGAAGCCGCAACAACGGCAUCGUGUUCGAGAAACUUUCUCCUCAACUAGUCGGAAAAUUGUACUCUCUAAUGCCAGACAUAGAUACAAAGUUCAGCCUUCGGAACCACAUAGCGUUCGCACCGUACACCUAUAUGCANUUUAUAUAA